UGUAUGGGAGUGAUAUGGAUAUUACCGUUCGAUAUCGCAAACAUCGAGUAAAAAUCGUGGCACCAAGGAGUGAUGAGGACUGCGAAGCUGAAGAGGUCUCGAGCUCAGUGUCGUCAAUCGGAAGAGCUCUACUGACUGGGACAGAGGUACCUUUCGAAGAGGUACGCAACUUAAACCCAGAGCUGUCUCUACGGUCGAAUGACGACGAUAACGACGAAUCCUGCUCGUGUAAGUCGACACCCCGUCCGUGUAUCUUCAUUCAUGGUCUUGGCGUAAAAGCUGAAAAUUUGGCACUUGAAGACUCGUUGCCAUACUGGGGGAAAACUAUCCAAGAUCAUGCUCCAUGUUGUACGUCGAUCAAGUUCGCACACUUGAAUACAGUGAACUACACGUGGCUCAACGGAACUCAGCAGCAACAAGUGUGCGAUCGCGCUCUGGCAGUAAGCAACAGCAGUACCAAACAUGUUAUUAAAGACACUAUUGUCGUCACCCACUCCAUGGGGGCUCUCAUGCUUGCUGGCGCUAUCGCUAGCGGGAGAUGUAAGCUUGACUCAAGUUCAACGUGGGUAAGUUCAGCAGCGCCAAUGAUCGGAAGUAUGGGCUCCGAUUACGCCCAGGAAGUUUGCGCUGGGGACACCAAUCUGAUAGCUGAAAAGCUUGCCCAGUUCAAAGAUCAAUGUCCGGUUGUUCAAGAAGUCUAUCGGACACAUGUGUCUGCGGUCAUGUGCAGCGAGAGUUAUUCUGGAAUCUUAUCGUCGUAUCAAGCCAGUUUUUGGCUACUGGGCGAGAUGAUCCCACACAAGUCGAGCAAAAAUGACGGCACUGUGGAAUUCCAGAGCUGCGCCAUGGGACUUGACGUGUCGGACUUUCAGAAAACAUAUAAAAGUCGCUUCUAUCGGACCAAGUUGAAUCAUUACGACAUGCAAUUCCGAGCUGGAGACGCGUUCUGGAAUAAGGCAAAGAUGCCUGUCAAGUGGUUCGAGUGUCUUCUAUAA